AUGGCCGGGGGAGGAGGUGGAGGUGGAGGGGUUUCUCCGCUGGGGCCCUCGCCGCUGAUGUUGUAUCACCGGGACCUCAGCCGAGCUGCAGCCGAAGCGAGAGGAGACGGCAGGGACUAUUCAGACGCAGAGGAUGAGAAGCCACCCCCCACCCCUCGCUCUGCCUCCACCUCCACUCCCCCUGGGCCAAACACACCCACGGAGAGCACUCCUUCAGCUAAUGGCCUGAGCACCAUUUCUCAUGAAUACCUGAAGGAUCCCGCCAGCCGGUCCUGGGGGGCCACUCAGCGAGGAGGUGUCGGAGCAGGAGCGUUGGACGAUCAGUCGUGCUUCGUGCUCCAGAUGGCAAAGACCCUGAGUGAGAGUGAAUUUCCUGGACAGCCUCCUCGUGCACCAUCAGCACCUCCGCCUCUUCGUGGGCAGCCAAUGGGUUUAGGUCUGGACGCCUGCCGCACCUUCCCACCCAGAAACCCCAUCACGGAGAGUAUUGCAGAGGACAUGCCAGAGGAAGCACUUUGGGGCAGCAGUAGUUCAUCUUUGUCUGUGGGCGAAUCUUCAGUCGAGGAGUGGCUACGGAGACUGGGCCUGGAGAGGUAUGAGCAGGGCCUUCUGCACAACGGCUGGGACGACCUGGAGUUCCUCAGUGACAUCACUGAGGAAGAAAAGCAUCACUACAAAUAA